ACAGCUGUCAUUUGUGAAGGUUAUUCCUAUUUUGGUUUCAAUUUUAUUUGAAAUUCAGGAUUUUCCAGUUAUUCCAUCCUUUUCAGAAGUGCGGUGAAUGAAUCAUUUGUGUAGGAAAUUAUGAAUUAAAAACUAGGCAAAAAUGGCACAGAGUAUUAGUGGUGGAACUUCGUCACGUCGUCAUGCCAGAGACCAAGACACAGCAUCAAUUACUUCUUCCAGAGUUGCAGAUAUCUCUGAGUGGGAGGCAAAUGAGGCUUUACGACAGAGAGAAUUGGAGGAAGCCAAGGGCAGAGCUGCACAAAUGGAGAAAACCAUGCGUUGGUGGUCGGACUGCACAGCGAACUGGAGAGAAAAGUGGAGCAAAGUGCGAAACGAACGCAACAAGGCCAGAGAAGAAAGCAAACAACUGCGCACUAAACUGGAAACUGUGUUGAAGGAGACCAACACCAGCAAGAGAGAAAAGGAAGAACUGGAGACCCAGAAUGACCAGCUGAAAAAGGAAAUGGAAAGGAUCCACAUACUACUGCUGAAGCACGCCGAACAGUUCGAUUCGCAAAUCCUAGAGGCCUUAGGGGAGGAUCCCUUGAAAGAAUUUGGUUUCAGUAUGAGCUCUCCGGUGGGAGAAAGAGAGAACGGAGUAUCUUCUUCGCAUUCCAAUCCAGAAUGUGAUAGUACAGCCGUUCAGGAUUCAGAUUGUUCCGUCAUUGAAGAGUAUGUUUUACAGGGCGCUGUGCCGAGGUUUUUCAAAGAUGGAGACAAAAGGGAUGAAGGUAGUACUGGCGAAAAAGCCACUACAUCGGAGAAAGCAUGCGACAGAGUUGAUUAUGAGGAGGAGUAUGUUUUGCAGAAGUUGUCCAUGCUUCAGCUCAGGCUGGAGGAAGCUACCAAGACAUUGCAAGUGGAGAGAGAUGAAAAAAGUCAACUCCACCGAAAUAUAGAGAGACUGACCAGCGAACUUCAGGAAGCGAGAGAUAAGUGUGACGAACUCAGGGAAUCAAGGCAGGAUACCAUGCGGGAUAUUCUGAUGCUCCAGGACGAACAUCAGAAAGAGCUUCAGUCAAUCAAAGCUGAUCUUCAGGAAGAAGCAAAUUCCAGGGAAAGUAUGGAUAAGAGGAUGAAUGACUUGAGAGCUGAGUUAGAAAGGUUACAAGCAGAAAACGCUGCGGAGUGGGGAAAACGCGAGAGAUUAGAAACUGAAAAGCUAGCGAUGGAGAGAGACAACAAGAAAUUGAGAAGUGAAUUGCGAGAUAUGCAGGAGAGGAUGGAACGCAGGGGUCGUCCUGUAACGAACUCAGAUGCUGAAAUAAGGCACUUGCAACAGGAAUUGAUUGAUAAAAAUAAGGAAAUAUCCGAACUGAAACAUUCCCAAAUCAAAAUGAAGAAAAUGGUACAGGACAAAAUGACGGAAUUAGCGCACGCCGUAAGGAGGGCGGAGCAAUACGAAACUGAAGUGAAGAAACUUCGGGGCAGAGUCGAAGAACUCAAGCGAGAUUUGGCCGUCGCAGAAGACGAGUUAGAUACGGCCGGUAAUAACAUCAGGAAGCUCCAGAGGACAAACGACGAACUGCAGGAACAGGUGGAUAAUUUCCAAUUGCAGUUGCAGCAUCUCCAUUCCAG